UUCUGCUGUGGUUCUUGAGAAGGUUUCGGUGUACCUAUAACCCACUGAACAUGGUGUCGGGAGACGAAAUAAUAACGGACAUUGAAAGAAAGUUGCGCGUAUUUGACAGGAGACCGUCGAGCUUUUUGCAGUGUUUUUUUCUCUCUGCCGAGAGACGAAAGUUUGGACUAACGCUAAAGCUAGCAAGCUCAAAGGCGGCGACAUGAGUUCAUUUCAAGUCUCUCCAGCAGUGAAGUUCACGUUCAAAGCUGAAGACUGAACCAAGUGGAUAAAAUGCUUCGAAAGAAGGAUGAAAAUAAAGUGAAUGUGCUGAUUUACAUCCUUGGAAGAGGACGCGGAGGACACACUGGUUUCCCUGCACCUCAGUCCUGAGGAUGCGAAUGAGUCAGGAGAAAGUUGGAGGCUCACUUCUUAACAAACAGAAAUGUAAUCUUUGAGAUGGCAAAAUGUAAUCAGAGGAGGAAGAAAUGGGUGAGUCGGCUGACAGUUUUCACACAGGGCUGCAUUGCCUAUCGGAGCACUGUGGAUAGAGGGCUCUGCACGAUGAAAUAGUGAAAGAUAGACUUGCUGUGGGUCUGAGAGAUAACGUUAGACUCUUGUCAGAACAGUUACAACUGGACCCUGAACUCGCGCUAGAGAAAGCGAUGAACAAAGUGAGCAGGUAAAGAAGCAACAUGAAAUGCUGAAGAUGAACUUUAAAGCGCGCCAACACGCAGCUUGACAGCCGCAAUGUAGGCAGACAGACAAAGGACAACAGAAAAGACACAAUGCAAAAGAUACAGAGAUGCAAGAGGCAUAGCCUGCAACAAUGUCCAGCUAAGGAGGUAGUGUGCAAUAACUGCAAAAAAAGGGGACAUUAUGCCAGAGUGUGCAAAACAAACCCAUAUUCCAGCAGUUGAAGUACUAUGUCAAAAGAUGAUACAGAGACACGGUCUCUAAUGAAAGUGUCCCAGCCCUAUCUGCCAUUCUCAGGGGUGACAUGACUCUGACCAGAGGAUCUUUCACCUAUGCCAGUGGAGAAGAGUACCAUGGCGAGUGGAAAGAAGGUCGGAGGCAUGGUGUUGGGCAGCUCAAGUUUCAGGAUGGAACCUGCUACACUGGCCAGUUUGAGAAUGGACUCUUCCAUGGCUCUGGUGUACUGCUCUUUACAGAUGGAUCCAGAUAUGAAGGAGAAUUUGCACAUGGGAAGUUUCAAGGCGCAGGAGUCUUCAGUCGAUACGAUGGCAUGAAGUUUGAGGGGGAAUUCAAAGAUGGACGUGUGGAGGGAUAUGGGCUAUUGACUUUCCCAGAUGGAGCUCAUGGUGUCCCACGAAACGAGGGCUUGUUUCAAAACCACAAGCUGCAGAAGAGAGAGAAGUGUCCAGGAGUGGUGCAGCGUGCGCAGGCUUCAGCCACCAACGCUCGCAGUCUGGCACUUUGACUGUCACGGACCUUGGAGGAGACAAAGUCAGGAUUCCAGUACCUUCCAGGAGGACCUCAGGGAUGUGUACUCGUAUACCCCUCUCCAGCUCUUCCUUCUGUGUGUUUCUCUCUUUUUUCACCAUCACUUUUUUAUUUUCUUUUUCUGCAUCUUCCUUGCUUAGCCUUCACAGUGGCUUCAAAUGCACAUACAAACAAUGGAGUUCUGUAUGACUGACUUGAAAUGCACAACAUCAUGAAGCACACAUCAUGAGGAGGGUAUUUUCUCCUGCAUUUGGAGGAAUCAUAAAGUAAGUCUAUAUGUCAAAGACUUUAGCCAGUAAUGAGAUAGAUUCACCUAAAAAAUGCUGCAAUCCAUUACAAAGGAGUGAUGCUGGUAGCGCUAUUGUGUAAUUUAUUUUAGAAGUGGGCAAGUAUGUGGGCAACGUAGCGCAUGUUCUUGCAGAUGGUUUCACACUGUUCUGAUAAUUUACGGUUGGUGGUGGGCAGAGAAACGUAGCAAUGUACCUACAAAGCCAGCGAAGAAGACGGCUGCAAGCUAUCAAACAGGGACCUAAACAAUGCACAAUGUAAAAAAAACUCUACAUACACAUACACUUUUGUCAGGCCUCAGCCACCCACCCAGUGAAUGUAAACAUAACGUUUGUUUGUUUACGAAAACACUCCAUGGGGGCACCUUUAAAAUCUCAUCUCAAUUAAUAGCGCUGCUGCCAACUUUAUCUUUCAAGAAAUGCAUUUUGCCACUUGCGUUUCUCUGUUUAGAGGAUCAGUAUUCACGUUUGCCUUAAAGACAUUUUGAUGCAAGAGUGCGGUUCAAGGGUGUCCAUCUAAAAAUUAGAUGAAGCACAGUGCCCUCUCCUUCCUUUCUCCUCUGCAUCAUUUGCCCUAAGGUGUCAGUCAUCCUAAUGAAUUUGAGGUCUGUUUGAAGAUUGCCUUCAGUCUGAGAGAUACGUUUGCUAAGCUGGUGCUGAGUUUCUUGCUCCCAUCACUCACAAGUCCAGCAGCUCUCUUCUCUCCAGUAACCCCCCCACCCCCUCCUCUCCCAGUGGAAAUCAGUGGAGAGGAGAGUUAACUCUGCUGGAUAAUUCUCUCACGUUUUCCCCUCUAUAACCUGAAAAACUUGCAUCUUCGAUGACUACACAUCCUCAAAGUUGACAAAUAACCAUAAUUAAAUGCAUUGAAAUAGGGACAUAGAUCUUAAUUGAGGCAGCUGAAUGACAGAAUUUAUAAAUCAGAUGUAUGUAAUUUUAAUGUUGUGUUUUUUUAUGAGGUAUAUAGAUAGUCAUUGUCAUUGAUUGUGUUUGUUCUGACCUUUCAGUUGAAUUAAGAGAAAAUUGUGUUAUUUAAGACAGUGUGGUUGAAUAUUUUGAGGUGUUCCAAAUGUGUUUACCAUUAUAGCGAUUAUAGUCAUUUAGUGUACUUUAACAGUUAAUAGGCCUUACAAAGCAUUUGUAGACGUGGCUUGUCUAGGGUUGCCUACACAGAACUUCAACCAAAGACAAUCAAGUGAUAUUAUAGGAAGCCUGGAACUGUCAACAGGAGUUACAUGUGUUAUUUCUUACAGCCAAACAUUAAAGACAAAUCAAUAAGGAUUAAUCUACCUGGGGCUUUAGUGUGCAAGAAAAUUGAAAGGACCGAAGAUUAAACAGGGAAUUGAUAUGAGAUUCUGUUGUUAAUAUUCCUGAUCUUAGCCUGGAUUAUUGCUGUUACUGAUGUUCAUUGUUGUUACAUUCUGUUUGGGUGCAUACUGACCUCUUUGGUGCAGCGGUGUGCUGCAGAGUACAAUCAGAAAGAUUGAAGAUAACAUUAGACACAGAAAAUUAGACCAGUGCACGUGUCAGUACCACAGUCUACGCACAAUGAUACUUUAACUGUGUGCACACAGUGUGUAAUAUCCUGUAUUUAAGAUCAUGUAACGGUAUUUUUUUCUUUCUGCUAUGUUGGACAUGACGCCUGCUCGAGAGGUUUUUGCCUACACACCCCUGCCUGAAUUGAAUUGAAUUCACUGGAAUCCCACAUCCAUUUCCAACUGGAAACAAAUGGUGCUUUAAAAGCGUGCCUGUCCAGACUUUCACCUGCCUGGAAAAUAUCAUUGCCAUGGUUACCUUUUUUCAGUAACAAUAUAAUGUUGCUCUUACAGAAAAAACUACUGUGCAGUAUCCUCUCAUUCUCCUGGAACAGGUCUGAGUAUGUAUCACAUAGGUGGUAAGUGGUAGAUGUGUUAAAAUAAAGCCUUGUGUUGAAAAAGAAA